CAGUGCAGUGGGCAGUUUAUUAUAUAAACCAUGAUAAACGGCAAAUUGUGAAAUAAGGCCUUUGGAAGCAUUUGUAAACAUAUAGGCGAAAUGUAUCAUUUCGAUUUAUGUUUGCUCUGUGUAUUAUUUGCUAUUAUUCAUACUGUGGACAGUAAGAGAUACGAUAUUGAAGAAGAAUGUAAAAAUGAGUAUGGCCUCGAUUUGCAAAGCCUCUUACGACAAUUUAGAAGAUCAGAUGAUUACGUCAAAAUAUUGAAAAUGAGGACAAACGAAUUCGGGCUGUUUUUCGCUGACGUAAUAUUUCAUAGCUUAGAUUGGAACUACCAUAAACUGAAAGAGGAAAUAAAAUCUAUGUACGGCCUUAACAAAACAACCGCUUCUCCAGAGACAAGUACAACGACCACUCCGCCACCGCAAACCGUUUGCGUCCCGGGAAGCGGCACAAGUAAAACGUGUCCAGAGCCCGGCCCCGUUACAGUUCCCGCCAGUCGCCAAUUGCUGUUCGCAGCCAAAGCCCGUAUGCUGCAAGCAAAAUUUAACUCUCGUCGUUCCGACAACAAGAAUUACGAGCAGUCCUUGAACACCAUCAGGGCUAUCGAUCGUCAUCCUAAGCUCAAGUCCUACCUUACGGUGGACGAGCGCAACCAGUUCAGGGAGAUGGCGUUUGAAUACGCUGGGGAAACUAUUCACACUGCAAUUAGAGCAUUCGGAGGAGACCCGUUGGAAAGACGCGGCAUCACACAGAUGGACGUCGUGGGACCAACCACCACACAGCACGCGAUGAGACAUGUAGUCGGGUCCAGGAAAGAGAAAGAAGAUGCAAAUAGCGAAAAAACCACUAAAAGAUAUCUUUUAGUGUCGAAUCUGUAUCCAUCAAUUGUCAGGGAUGGUUAAAACGUUCCCUUUGGAAAGUAAUUGUUUAAUGAUAUUUGAAAAGGUGAUUGUAUAAAUAGUAGUUGUAGUAGUAGUAAUCACUUUAUUGUGUACAAGUUUAUAUACAACAGUAUGUCCUUGAGGCGAAGGGUAAGGCAACACUAACGCCACUUUCAAUAUUUUCUUAUAUCUUCAAAAUUAAUUUUUUUUUCCGUAAUAUUUCUUAAGUAAUUUUUAACUUUUUUUUUUCACUUAAGUUUUUUUUUCUCGUGUAAUUGUCCCCAGACAGUUGAAUGAUGCAUAAGUAAAAGUGACUACUUUUAUUUUAGACAACUUUUUGAGAAUAAAACUACAAAAUUAUAAAGUGUGGAAUUGCAGUGUUUUAUAAAAUAUUAAAAGUAUUUUGUUAGCGAGUGAUGUAAAAAUAUUACUGAAAAAAUGUGUAAUUUUGAAGAUAUAAGAAAAUAUCGAGAGUGGCGCCAGUGUCGCCUUACCCUACGCCGUAACCAUUGGGCAGACUAAAAAAUAUCACGUAGAGUUACUUCUCAGGAGUGCUCUUAAAUUUUAUAAUUAGAAAAAAUAAUAAACGCUUAAAAUCAAACAUUUGUAUAAUAAUUGACAGCAAAAAGAAAGAUACUUUAUAAAAAAAAUGUAUC